AUUAAUUUUUGUUUGUGUGUGUGUGUGUAUGUGUGUGUGUCUCACCCCGCCGUGUAUUGGUACCCCAGGCAUGACCCAGGGGGAGGCCCCCGGGCCGGCUGAUGUGAAGGAAUCGCCGCGCAAGACCCGCGGCGUCAUCCCGCACCUCAGCCACCUGCCGGACCUCAACAAGCUGUCUGACGUGAUCCGCAACCUGGUGAUGGGCAACGUGGUGUACGUCAAGCCCAUCCUCAAGCCCAGGAAGAUCUGCAUCUACACCUGCGCCGACCUGAAGGACACCAUCAUGGAGCGGUCAGCCCUGAUGGAGUACGUGUACCCGAAGCUGCGGCUGUACUGCAUGGAGAAGGGGUACGAGCUUAACACUGUGGACCUGCACUGGGGCAUCCCGGACGAGCACCUCAACGACCACUCCCUCAAGGAACUGUGUCUCGGCCAGCUCACCACUCAAGCCCGCGACUCCCACAUCGUGACUGUCGUGUUCCUCAAUGAGACCUUCGGCAACGCUCUCCUGCCGCGGGUGAUCGAGGGCCCUGACUUCGACCAGGGCAUCUCCAGCCUCGAGGUGGACACGGACCGGGAGCUGUUCUGGAAAUGGUACCACUGGGACGAGAACGCUCAGCCGCCUUGCUACAAACUACAGCCCAUCAGCACCUUCUUCCCGAACAUCAAGGAUGGGAAUAGCGCGCAGCAUCAGGAGGCGGUCGCGGACUGGAGCGCUGAGGUGAAAAAGAUGAUGACGCUUAUGAGGACGGUGUUCAACCAGGAGCAGAAGGAGAAGUACCUCAGUACCGUCAUGGAGCAGGAGAUCAAGCAAAGCGUGUUCAUGAACCAGGAGAGCGCCAAACACUGUCUCUGGAUCUGCCGCAAGUUCACGCACUUCCCCUCACACAACAUUCCGGCGCAGGGCAAAGUGUACGUGGCAGUGGAGCCCGAGAGUAAGAAGCGACUCGAUAUCCUGCAGAGCGAGCUGAAGGAGCGUUUGGACGAAAUUCGCAUGCUCAAGUUCCGGGUGAAGUGGCACAACUCAGGCAUGAACCCCGAGGUGCCGGAACACGCCCAGUUCGUGGAGGACCUGUGCGCUCAGAUCUCCCCGCUGCUCAUCUCCAUCAUCGACGGCAUCAUUGAGGAGGACGAGACUAAGGAGGAGCUCAAGACGUACCUGGGCAUCGAGAAGCGCCUCUUCCACGAGCUGAUGCAACAGUCGCUCAUGUGUCAGUUCCGCUACAAGAACUUCCAGGGGAGACAAGACCUGCUGGCCAAGAUCAGAAGGUACCUCAACAACGAUUCAUGCGUGCCGCUCAUCAUGCACGGCGAAGUGGGCUGCGGCAAGUCGUCCCUCAUCGCCAAGGCCAUGGAGAGGUGCUGCGAGUGGCUGGUAGACGUGCCCCUCGUUGUCAGGUUUGUGGGCCUCACCCCCGGGUCGUCCACCACGGAGCAGGUGCUGAGGUCCAUCGCCGAGCAGUGCUGUGCCCUCUUCGGGGAGCAUCCCGCCGAGGCUGCAAAGGGCGUCCGUCACAUGUCGUCCUUCCUGAUGCACGUGUGGUCCAAGGCGUGUAAAGUGCGGCCGCUGGUCAUCAUGAUAGACGGUAUCGACCAGGUGAAGAGCUACGGGUCCACCUCACUGGAGUGGGUGCCCAGGGAGCUGCCGGAGAACGUGAAGCUCAUCAUGACGGUGCGGGACGACUCGGAGCAGAUGCGACUCCUGCAGAGCAUCAUCGAGGACCGCGCCUGCUUCCUGAAGAUCCCCCCUAUGACGCUGGACGAAGGCUACAGCAAGUUCGAGGGGAUCCUGAAGGCGCACCACCGCAGCGUGAACAAAGAGCAGCGGGACCUGGUCAGCAAGUACAUCCAGGAGUGUCCCUUGCCGCUCUACGUGGAGAUCCUGGGUCGCAUGGCGUGUCACUGGACGGGCGCCGAGUCGCAGCUGCCGCUCAGGUCCACGCUGAUGGAGCAAAUUAGCAUGGUGUUUGACGAGCUGGAGGAGACGUACGGCAAGGUGGAGGUCUCGCACACCCUGGGUUACCUGACGGCUGCCAAACACGGGCUCUCCGACUCAGAGAUGAUUGAUAUUCUCUCCUGCGACGAGGCUGUGCUGGAGAAGGUGUUCGUUCACUACAUUCCUCCAGUCCGCCGGUGCCCGUCGCUGCUGUGGGUUCAGAUCUCCAAGCAGCUGCAGCCGUUCCUCAUGAAGACCAUCGUGGCGGGGAUCUGCCUCUUCACCUGGCGCCAUGAGAGCUUCAGGGACGCCGCCCGGGCCCGCUAUCUGGACACACCUGACCAGAUCAACAUGUGCUGUACCGCCCUCAUUGAUUACUUCCAGAGCAAGUGGGCGAACGGCGUGAAGAAGCCGAUGACGGGGAGCGAGGAGGGCACUGAGGAAGGCAAGGAGCGGUACGUGCUAGACCAACCCACCAAGUACCGCGGCAGCAACAUGUCCAAGAUCUCGGUGCAGCCAGUGUUCAGCCGCCACAACCGCCGCAAGCUGGAUGAACUGCCCUACCAGGUGCUGCAGCUCCGGGGACGCAUCCUGGAGGAGUUCGUGCUCAACUUCGACUGGGUGUACGAGAAACUGUGCGGCUCAGAUACUUACCAGGUGCUUGAGGACGUGUCCCUCGCCCUCACCAACCACGCCAACAACAUCGAGCUGGUGCUGCUGAAGGAGGUGCUGGAGCUGGCCGCCUAUGCCCUGGGCUACGACGGCCGCCAGUUCUACUCUCAGGUGUAUGGGCGGCUGGCCACUCUGAUGAAGGAGCCCAAGAACCACGAGACGUAUCCGAUCAUCCACAAGCUUUACGACAGAGCUGCCCACGCCCCCGUUCCGUGCCUGCUGCCCCUCACCGUCUGCCUGCACGAGCCCUUCCAGGACCAAAACAUGAAGCUUGGCGACGGGCAGGUGUACUUCAACGCGCUGAUUCGGGCGCGCCACAACCCCCACUACGUGAUCACGCUGUCCACUGAGCGCGGGGAGAUCGCUGUGUGGAACAUCUUCACCAUGACGCCUGUGCGAACCCUCACUGGCAUCACCCAGCCCCGCAAACUGAAGAUGAUCGACGACUACCGGUGUCUGGUGCUGUGCGGGCGGGAGCUGAGGAUCUACAACUUCGAUGAGGGCCUCUUUGUGAUGAAGCUGCGCGAGGUGAUGAACCAGAAGAUGCCUUACUUCGGCCUCCACGACAAGGAUCACGUGGUGGCGCUCUCCCGUUCCCGCAUGUACGUCAAUAUGAUGAACCUGCAGAACGGAGACUGUGUGGCGACUUUCAAGGUGGGCGAGGACAGGUUCCUCAACAGCCUGAUGGUGUCCGAGAACGGGAAGAUCUGCGUGUGUGGAGACGAGACCCAGAAGCCGUCUGCGCUGCUCGUGUGGGACCUGGAACUGCGCAAGCUGAUGUACGACCUGCGCAUCCCCCACCACGAGUUCAUCACGCGCCACGCAGCCAUCACGAAGGAGGGUCACUACGUCUCCUGCGUGUGUCGCGAAGUGGAUGAGCCGGCGCCUAACUUCAUCGUGGUGUAUGACCUGCAAAGCGGCACACUCUUCAAGAAGUGGAAGCCAGGCGUGAACAUCAUUUCCAUCGCCAUUUCCUCAGCCGGGAGCUGCGUCAUCGUGGGCCUCGAGGACUCCAAGCUCAUGGCCUACGACCUCAUCACAGGUAAUCCUCGCUGGACGCUGAAGGGCCACACGGCGCCCCCCACCACCAUCCGCCUGGACAACCGCGGCCUGCAGUGCCUCACCUAUGACGCCUUGGGCAGGGACCGCUCCGUCAGGGUGUGGGACAUUCACACUGGUAACAGUCUGGCAGUGCUCACGCCGGACCAGGCCAUCACUGCCUGCGAGAUCUCGAGCGACGGCAAGGCGGUGGUGAUGGCGCUGGAGGGCAGGAACGAGAUCGUCACCUUCUUGUUGUGUCACCAGAAGGGCGUCGACGGACACGCCUCCCCGAAGUCCUACGGCAAUGACACCAACAGAGGCAAAGUGUUCGAUCUGAGCCAAGCAGGCACGUGGCCCAUGUCUGGCGACACUGAAGAGAACAUGCUGUGGAGCUAAGUGUUGCCGCGGCCUCGCCCCUGCAUGUUGCCGUUACUGCACGGCUCCGCUUCCUCCUCUUCCUCCUCUUCCUCCUCGGGGAAGUUUCAGCGUCUUGCCUCCGAUACGAAUAUUGAGAGUUUGCGUUUUAUUAUUAUUGUCUGUACUUCGAUUACUGUUGGUGUUACUAUUAUUAUUAUUAUUAUUAUUAUUAUUAUUAUUAUUAUUAUUAUUAUUAUUAUUAUUGUUGUUGUUGUACUAUUCAUAUGAUCAUUUUUUUUAUGCGAGUAAUUAAUUCACCAAUACCUGACUUAGUGUUAGAUAUUUUUUCAUUAUUUUAUUAAGAUGAUAAUGAAGAACGUAUAGUUAUAAUUUAUUUAUUUAUUUAUCUAUCUAUCUAAGUAUCUGUAUUUAUUUAUUCAUCCGCUUAAUUAUGCUUAACUGAUGCCUGCAUGACGAAAGAGCUGUGUGGGAGUGCUCGUGAUGUGCCAUGAGUCGAGUUAUGCAAGAGAACAUGUUUCUAAAUAGCACAAUGAUCCCCUGUGCUCGCCCUUCCGACCCCGCCCUCACCUGUACAGUGCUGGUGCACGGCCCCCUUUGAGUGUAGUUCACCUCAUGCUCCAGGGUGCUCUGUAGGAACACUCAUCACGCCCCUUGCAGUCUGUCCGGAGUAGUAAUGUGAUGGGUAAGCUCCUCCUGAACUCCUUCCUCCUCGUCCUUUUACUAUGCGUAUCACUAAUGAAGAAUCGUCACCACUUGCCCUCCCCGACGCAUACGAUUAGCGCAUUGGAUGGAGGAGAAUGGACAUUUUUUUUUUUAUUCUGUAAGAGGGACACUGGCCAAGGGCAACAAAUUAUAAAAGAUGCCACUUCCCAAAGAAGAGUCAGAAGCUUUAUCCAAAAUUAGAGAAGUGUCUUGAGACCUUCCCCUUGAAAAAUUGAAAUCGUAGGAAGGGGAAAAAUACAUAAACAGGUAGGGAGUGGGUAAUUCAAGUUGUAGGAAGGAGAAAUACAGAAGCAGGUAGGGCAUGCGUUGGUGUCUGUGGGUGGAAGGGGUGCUUGCCCUUCAGAACCUGCCAUAUGUAUGGUAAUGGUUCUGUCACUAACCUGCAGUCGGUCAGAGGGAGGAUUAGUUCUUGUUUGCUUAUUAAUACGUGGAAAAGAAAGUAAACUAAGUAAAUAAAUUCCUACAGUUGGUGUCUGAGUGCUCUCCUCCAAAUCCUCCGUUCAUGGGUAUCUAAUUACUACUACUACUACUAUUACUACUGUUACUACUACUGCUACUUCUACGUGUUCCGCAAACCGUGAUGGAAAACCUCAAAGCGACAACAACCAGCCAUGUGACUCCUUCCCCAGAGCAAUCUCCAGUCACGUGCAUCGGAAUGUAAGGAGGGGCGGGGUUUGUCCUAUGAUGAACCAGUGACAAAUAAGGAGUAAGGAGGAGCCUGUCCGUCAAGUUAGACUGAACAUACUCCAUACACGUCAUUUCGAUGUCUCACCUCUUCUGUUUUUCUAUAUCCAUACCAAAUAUAACAUGACAUGGUAGGCUGUAUUAUUUUAAAUCUAGGGACAUUUACGUUCGUUGGUAUAAGGUAAGUACUCCAUGAAAAUAAGGUUGAUGCUAUUUAAGUACUACGGACAUACCUUGUGUCAGAAAGUAAUAAUAAGUACACGAGGCAUGAACACGACAUGUCUCCUGCGUGUGGCUCAUCCCUGUAACGGUAGCGUCGUGCACCUCAGUGUUGCUGCCUUGACCCUGCCAGCUCCUCGCAGUCUUACCUAGAGUGCGCACCUCAACCAGUCUGACUUAGUUCACUCUGUAGAUAUUUUAUGUUAAUUAAAAAGAAAAUCCUGUCAGCGAUGAUUUUUAUUUGUUUAUUUUGACAAUCAUCCUUUUGUGGGGGAAGAGGAGGAAGAAGAAUAAUUACAUAUCCUAGUAAUCUGUUUUUUUGUUAUUUAUCCAGUUGAUAAGUUGAUCACCAAAAAGGAAAAUAAAUAGGGCGAAGUAGCUGUCCGCUUGUCAAGUAUGAAUUUAUACAAUAAUUUUUAAACACUGAAAGCGACCCAAACCGAACCAUGAGAAGUACAUUCACAUUAGGACAGAAGCGAAUCAGCUCAGGCACCACAAGCUUGAGUAAUGGGUGUUGCGUACUUACCUUGAUCACAAUACUAGAGUCAAUGCACCCAGCGGACAACAUUUUGAAACCUUUGAAACAUUUGAAACCAAUUGAGUGCAUGUUGCGUGUUUUAACCUUUAUGCAUAUGCUUUUCAGGCAACAACAGAGAUCCAUGUAGUGUACGCGCAUGUUUACAUUUAUUUAGAAAUUUUGGUCAAGAUAUAGAAUGAGACGACUCAGUAUUCAGAAACUAAUUCACCUGGAAGUGCAUUUUUUGUUCCCUUUGUUAUGACCUGCAAACUUUUAAUUUUCAAGUUACGAAAAUUUAGUGCACAGAUAAGCACAUAUCGUAUAAAAGGUCAUUGUAAGUAAGCUGGCAGUGUCAGGCAAUGGAGUGUAAUGGCAAAAGCCACCUACACACUAAAUAUAACUCCAAUUUGCAAUUUUGUACCAUUCUAUUAUCAUGAACGUAAUGUAGAUAUGAUUAAGUAUUUAGUGGCGCUAAACUUUAUGCUUAUGAUAGGCAGCUAUGUACUGCACCACCUAUUUAAACUAUAAACUUCUUUAUUUACUGCCGGUUCUUAAUUCUGAAAUGGAAAGUUUGUGCGUAAAAUCAAUAUCAAAAUUAUAUCUGUCAUCCGAAGCAUCGAACAUCCUGGCACAGGUGCGUGCGUCGCCAUGCUGCAUCUGGCGACACAGCUGAGCGUAGUGUUUACUUUGUGAGCCGUGUGACUGACAUACACUGCGUUCUUUAAACAUGUUCCUUUCUGUUGCGUGACUUGUUAUUCACAAAGUGUGUGUGGCGACAUCUCAGCUUUAACACCAAUGCUUACCAGAGACAGGUAAGCGUUGGGCAGCUGCCACCUGUCAGUUUUGUGGCAGAGGUGAACCCUGCAUGAGUUUGAUUCCUGGUACUGUGCAGAGUGUAGAGAGGCUGGUAUGUGUGUGCGUGUGUGUGCCUCACCCUGCCAGCGGGCCUGUGUAUGCUGGUGAAGGUGCAUGCAACAUACAACUAUCACCACAUGAACUCUUAAACCUGAUGCCUUACUUGUGCUUAACAGCAGUGAGUGAGUCUUACUUGGCCAACUAAUGUCUAUACAACUUGAACAAUUUUCUGAUGCCUCAAAUUUCUGUAAUGGCUCACCUACUCUAGUUAUUCAUCUCUUAAUACGUAAUAAAAUAUGUAUGAACCACGAUCAUUCUGCUGGUUGGGGGAUCAGUUUGAGGUCUGUAAAGUUAAGAAUCCCCUGUCACUGCACUGUAGGAAUGGUUUGGGCAAGAGACAACUCAUUUUGUAUAAUAAGUGGUCCAUUACAACGCUAAGUUGAUCAUCACCCGUGGCAUGUCUGUGAGUGUGUCUGUGAACAGCACAGAGCCAGGGGUGAGUCAGUGCUGUUUGGCAAUCUGGCUGUGGACUUAAAAAUAGCAUAGUAUAGCUGGAAGUUCUUUAACUUAGCUAAAUGAGAAUAUAGAUUUGGACACUUGCCCUUCUUAUUCAUUAAGCAUGAGCUUAAAGAUUAAAUUAAAUACACAGUCAUAAAAUUGUGGUAAUUAUAACUGAGGAAGUCAAAACAGAGAUGGUUCAUUGUGACCUUGCUUCCCUGAGGUGUCUUGGGAUCCAGGAAUUCUAGUCAGCUGUUCUCAUUCAGCUCAGUGGAAGAAUGAAUUCCAUCAUGUGUUAGAACCAUGUCCAAGAUCUCCUGUAGAACUUGGUCAAAAUUUAGUGUAGAUAUUAAAAUCAAUGUUUUCUGCCCUUCAGAAAGUAAGUGUUAGGAGAUUUAUCAAUUUUAUCACAAGACAACAGUGGAUGGAAACUUGAAUUAACUGGCUGGCUGUUGUACUGUUCAUUAUGGAAAUUAUUGUACUACAAAAAUGAGGAAAAGUUUAUGGAAGAAUAUUGAACUAUACUUUUAACAUUCACGUUUGAGAUUAACAAUGUCCACAGGUAUGAUUAUCUUAGGGGAUGUACCUGUGAAUAUGUGCGGUUAAACAUUAAUACAGCAAACUUUAUCAGGUGUUGAUGAUAAAACAAAGAAUUUGUGUUUUGUCUCAAUUUUAAUCAGCAACUCUUGAAAAUGUAGUACAUACAACAGUAGAUAAUACAAUUCCUGGUACACAGGAUAUUUUUUUUCAAUCAAUCAAGGGAGGCAGUGAGUUCUUUGCAACCAAUUACUAGAAUGCUAGGCAAACUUGUACUACUAUUACAAACAGAAUAUAACAGAAGACAUAUUUUACCACUCAAGUAAUUUUUGAAUAUGAAAGUAAUUUUAGAUUAGAAGAGGCGAAAAGUAAGCAAAACUUUUACAUGAUUUUUGGUGAGAAAGUCCAAGCUGACACUGAUGCCUCUUCAUGGGAACUUUGGAUGCAGCCACAUUGCAAGUUCCUCCAUGUGAUAUUGUACCUUGUUUUACAGAUCUCCCAUAAGGCAGUAUAUUUUUACAGUAUUUUUAAACACCUAGUCACAUUUACUGAGAAUAAAGCAUAUGUGUUUCUGCCAGUGAGACAUAGUGAGGAUCACCUCUAUCUGCAGGCAUCACUGCUAACCCACAAAACCUGAAGGAGGAGCACUGAACCCACACUGAGCAAGGCUUGAGGCACUCUGGGCUGAUGAGGAUGAUGACCAAGGUGUUGCAGUGGUCACAUAUGUUUUUUUUUUUCUCUCUCUCUCUCUCUCCCCAUCAUGAUGUGGGAGUUAGUAAAGCACUCUCAAGUUAGAGGCAACUGUUGAACAUUAUCCACACUUGCUAUUGUGACUAAUAAUCAUUCACUCUCAUAUAAAACAGGAUUUUUUAGGUGUAAAAGAUACUUUUGAGGGCUAUAAUGAACACAGGUAAGAAUAGACUACUCCUAAAUUACAGCUCUCCCCUUGAAAAGAAAAAAAAAAUUGUAGGGGGAAGAGUUCCACUCAUGUUGGCCAAUUUAAUUUUGGAGGUGUCUUAGUACCCCUCUCUUGAACAAUCACCUUUGACUCAUUGUGAAUGAUGAAUGAUGAUAAAAGUACUAAAAAAUUAAAACCAUAUAUGUGGUGUCUUUCAAAAUUGUACACUAAUUUUGCAUCUGACUAAUUUAAAUUUAUGGCCUGGUGCCAUAAAUCAGAUUGUUAAGUGUUACCACCCCUUGACAUAAGUGAUGACUCAGUAAGAUGCUUACCCAUGCAAAUUAUCAAUGGAGAUGAUUCAACAGGACUACCAUGGCAAGAUGGAAUGGCAACCAUUCACAUACUAUGAUGGCAAGAUAACUGAGAGAUGAAGAUCAGUUCUGGUUUGUAGUGGUAGGAAAGCUGGAGCAGUGAAUCAUCCUGCAUGACGGAAACUAUUGAUGAUCUCCUGAGUCUUGAGUGUGGCAAGGUCUUGGUGUUUCUGGGUUCUCAGGUUACAUUGCCCCCAGUGUUACUUUCACCUUUAGAGAACACCAUAACACUUGCAAGGUUUGGAAGGCACCAUCACCAAAUUUAAUGAAUCAACAUGUGCCGCUGAAGACACCGUCAGAGGACAGGCAUGUCCAUGAGCACAUUUUCUUUAGCCACCCUUUAGAGUAAGAGUCCUAAGCCUUUCCUCCUCCACACUAAGCUGUCAUGCUUACCCCAGUGUCCUGUUUGAAGGGUAAUGGUGUGCACUUAUUUUCAUGAAACCUCAUAUGUGGUUAAUGGUAGGAAGAAAUUCAGUGUUUGGAUACAGAAUCUAUGCAGUUCCUCUGUUAAUAGUAUCUCUUUACACCUUCACUCUUGGUAUAGAUUUCAUGUCUCAAAAAAAAAAGUUUUGCGUCUUGAAAAUCGUGAUUCUCGUGGUGAGAUUUUUCUAGCCAGGAAGCUGUAAGUUACAACGUGUACUGUAGGUGUUGUUAUUUGUGACUCACAUUCACUGCGUAACAGUGUUGUAAUUCUGUACAUAAAUUAUUUGGAUUCUCUGUAAAUACAUAUGUCAUUUAGGUUUCAAUAGAUAUUUCAUCUUUUUUUUAUUUCUCUUGAAUUUUUGUUAUCCAUUUAUGGUUUUUGGUGUUCAUAGUGAGUGUCGUGGAAGAGGUUGAACUAUGAGCUUACCUGCUAAACAAUCCUCUUAGUGCUUUGUGGAGUUAUUGGCUUCUUGCUCAUCAUAACUUAAUUUUGGCUCGUGUCUGUGUAUGUAACACAUUUGUAUGGAAAUAAGAAGAGUAGAAAUGAC